AUGGCUGAAGCUUUUGAAGCAUACGCCUAUGUAGUAAGUGCAGGUGUCUUUGGCAUCCUCUUUGCGGCUUACCUGUUCUGGGAAGUAUCCAAAGUUAAGGUCACUCGUCGUGGUGAUGGUUAUGCAUUACUAGCAUCUGAUGUGCGUCAUCAAACGGCUGACCGUUUGUUUGAAAUCUAUUGUGCUAUUCAAGAGGGCGCUCGUGCUUUCCUGUUGGCUGAGUACACUCUGUGCUUUGCCUUUAUUAUCGUCUUUGGUGGCGUAGUGCUUGUACUUACAUCAUUUGUCAACAAGGAUAGUCAGCGAUUUGACUGGCUUUUCGGCACCUUAAACGCAACGGCAUUUGCUGUUGGUGGUCUUACGUCGAUGGCUGCUGGCUACAUGGGCAUGAUGGUAGCUGUGUAUUCAAAUGCUCGUACCACGGUCUCUGCCAUGAAGGAAGGAGCCCGCGGCUGGCGUGAUGCUUUUAACACGGCCUUUCGUGCUGGUGCCGUUAUGGGCUUUGGACUGAGUUCCAUCGCUCUCUUGGUGCUAUUCAUCUUGAUCAAAGCCUUUGAAACUCAAUACCCAUUGUCGACCGAUUACAAAAAGCUAUUCGAGGCUAUUUCAGGCUAUGGACUCGGUGGUUCCUCUAUCGCCAUGUUUGGCCGUGUCGGUGGUGGUAUUUACACCAAAGCUGCCGAUGUCGGUGCCGAUCUUGCCGGCAAGGUCGUGGAAAACAUUCCAGAGGAUGACCCACGCAACCCCGCUACGAUUGCUGACAACGUCGGUGACAAUGUUGGUGAUGUUGCUGGUAUGGGCUCAGACCUUUUUGGCUCGCUUGCUGAGUCGACAUGUGCGUGCUUGGUAAUUUCCACGCAGAGCCCUGAGAUCAUUGCUGCUGGCUGGCCUGCUGUUCUAUUCCCUCUGGUCAUCACGGCUACAGGUAUCUUUGUGUCCGCCAUUGUUAGUUUUCUCGCUACCAAUGUGUGGCCCGUCAAGAAGGAGAAGGACGUUGAGAUUGUGUUGAAGGUGCAGCUGUUUGCCUCUACUCUUCUCAUGACCGUCCUCAUUGUCCCAGUUUCCAUGUGGCUUCUACCGUCCACCUUUUCGAUCGGUGGGUCGUACACGGUGACCCCCAUUCGUGCCUUUUACUGCGUUGCUGUCGGCCUGUGGGGUGGCUGUAUUGUCGGCUUUGUGACUGAGUACUUCACGUCACACAGCUAUCACCCUGUGCGCGAGGUUGCCCAGGCUUGCGAGACUGGCGCUGCUACAAACAUCAUCUACGGCCUUGCCCUCGGUUACAAGUCGGCUAUCAUCCCAAUCACUAUCAUUUCGAUCGCUGUGUAUGUUGGCUUUUCGAUUGCUGGUAUGUACGGAGUCGCUCUUGCUGCUCUUGGUUUUCUUGGCACGCUUGCCACUUGCUUGGCUAUUGAUGUGUACGGUCCAAUUUGUGACAACGCUGGUGGCAUUGCUGAGAUGGCUGAGCUGCCUGCUGAGGUGCGUGACAAGACUGAUGCUCUCGACGCUGCUGGCAACACGACUGCGGCUAUCGGCAAGGGUUUUGCUAUUGGUUCCGCUGCUCUGGUUUCACUGGCUCUGUUCGGCGGCUUUGUGACCCGUAUCGAGGAAACGUCUAUCAACAUCCUAUCGCCUAUCACGUUUGCUGGUCUGUUUAUGGGUGCCAUGUUGCCGUACUGGUUUACCGCCCUGACGAUGAAGUCGGUUGGUGUUGCUGCUAUGGAAAUGGUGAAAGAAGUCAAGCACCAGUUUGCCACGAUCCCCGGUCUUCUUGAGGGUUUGCCCGGCCACGGUCCUCCGGACCACGCGCGCUGCAUCAAGAUCUCGACGGACGCAUCUCUUCGUGAGAUGAUUCCACCUGGACUUCUUGUGAUGCUAUCCCCCAUUGUUGCCGGAACUUUCUUUGGUGUGCACGCUGUGUCCGGUCUACUUGUGGGCAGUCUGACCUCAGGUGUACAGUUAGCCAUUUCGCAGUCAAACACGGGUGGUGCCUGGGACAAUGCAAAGAAGUUUGUCGAGAAGGGCUGCGUGUCAAUUGAGGACAAGGAAGGGAAGCUCAUUGUGCAGGGUAAGGGCAGUGCUAUCCACAAGGCCGCUGUUAUCGGUGACACUGUGGGUGAUCCGCUGAAGGAUACUUCGGGUCCUGCCCUCAACAUUCUGAUGAAGCUGAUGGCUAUUAUCUCGUUGGUGUUCGGAGACUUCUUCAAGAGCAUUAACAACGGCCGUGGUCUGCUGAAUGUGCCUUCCGGUGUUUUGUCAGAGGCUGUUGCUGCCCCCCGUUGCAGAGGUUGGCACUCCCCAGCUUUAAGCUCGUAUCGGCUAUAA